AUGCCCUCCUCUGACUCUGGUGUAAACAGUACUAUGUGGCCUCCAGGCACAGUCCUCCUUGAAGAGAAGACAGCCUCGGGAAACAGCUUCAUUCUCCAACCCCGGCCGACAAACGACCCAAACGACCCCCUCAACUGGCCUACCUGGCGAAAGUACCUUAACCUAGGCCUCGUCUGCUUCUGGGUCGCCCUAGUCGCCGAAUUCAUUAAUGCGCCCACGCCAACAUGGUCACCCAUGCAAGAAGAGCUCGGAUAUACCGACGAGGUACUGAACGAUAGCUACGCGGCCGGCUGCGCUGCAUUGGGCGUUGGAUCCCUCGUGCUCAUCCCGUUCGUACUCAAGUUCGGGCGCCGGCCAUUGUACCUGAUAUGCACGGUAAUCCAACUGGCAGUGAGCGUCUGGUCUGCUAAGAUGCAGACGGUGACCGACUUGAUGCUGGUCAAUGUCAUACAAUGCUUCUUUGCGAGCUUGGCGGAGACCGUUGUUCAGAUGACGAUUGCGGAUGUCUUUUUCGUGCAUCAGCGCGGGAGGAUGAAUACGAUCUACGUCUGGGUCUGGCUGUUUGCUACGUAUUUGGGACCGUUGAUUGCAGGCUUUGUGGCCAAGGGACAGGGCUGGAGGUGGGUUUGGUGGUGGAAUGUGGUUGUCUUUGGGGUUGCGGUGCUGGUUGUUGCGUUUGGUUAUGAGGAGACCAAAUACUCCCCCCGAGCGGAGGCCCUGGAAUCUGUGCCUGUGCCUGAUAUCAGCGAAGCAAGCAAAGUCAGCGAUACGUUGGCAAAUGGGAAAGUGGUCGACAAGACGAAAGAUGACAAUGAUAUUGAGAUUGCCUCUGUUCCCGCACUCGAAGCUACGCCCUUGGCUAUAAAUCCAACCAUCCCGAAGAAAACAUACUGGCAAAGGCUCGCCUUGACAACUCCCACAUCCUCUGACACGGAGUCCAGCUUUUCCUUCCUCCAGUAUACAUACCAGCCUCUUUUCCUCCUAGCAACAAUCCCAGCAAUAACCUUUGCUGCCCUCGUCUACGGCAUCCUCGUCGGCCUCGGCGACGUCAUGUCAACGACAAUGUCCACAUUCCUGCCCUCAAGCCCCUACAACUUCACCUCAGACCAAGUCGGUCUCAUGCACCUCCCGCGCAUGAUCGGCGUGACAAUCGGCGCGCUUAUCACAGGACCCCUGAGCGACUGGUGGAUCAUAUACAUCUCGCGCCGGCGGAACGGAGUCUACGAGCCCGAGUGCCGCCUCUGGUGCGUCAUACCAUUCCUCCCGUUCAUUCCAGUAGGAGCCCUUUUGUUCGGGAUUGGCUUAGAUAGAGGCCUCCCAUGGAUAAUCAUCGCGGUCGGACUGGCGCUGUAUAAUAUCGGCGUUACACCCAUCAACAGUCUUGUCGUUACGUACCUGACGGACUCUUAUAGGGAGAUAAUUGGUCCCGCUCUUGUGGCCGUAACGCUCAUCCGCAACGCCUUCAGCACGGCCUUCAUCUUCGCGCUGACGCCCUGGGAAGACGCAAUAGGCCUCAAGUAUGUCCUCGUCACGAUAUUGCUUAUCGCGUGCGUGAUUCUGUCUGGCUUUGGCGUGUUUAUUCGCUGGGGGAAGGUCUUUCGCGAGCGCUCGGCCGACAGGUAUCGAGCUUCUGCUGGGAGGCAGUAUCGUGAACGGGCUGGGGAUAAUGCUUAG